AGCCGCUGCUGCUGGUUUUCUCUCUCGUUACAGAGGCGGCGCGCGGCAGCAUCAGAGUAUCGCGCGUCGCGUUGCGCACAGCGAGCUGAGCGGCGCGGCGCGUCAGUUGGACACUCCGGACACUUCUGCGCGCGCUUCAUUGGGAUCUAGCGGAUAAUAUGUUGGGAAUGGACCUGGAAUCGUGAUAUUUUGAGGACAACGCACGGAUUUUAUCCUUUGGAUGCUUCUUGAUUUGUUGAGAAUUUGGCUUUUCUGAAGCUCUGGUCUUUAUGGACCCCAUUUAAGCUUCCCUCAAAGGAACUGAGUCUAAAAUGAAGUUAUGGGACAUUCUAGCCACGUGUUUGUUGCUCCUGAGCUCCGUUUCCGCACGUCCCGUCUUCCACAAGCUACAGCCAUCCAAAAGAGCCGUCGUCCACAGUGAGGUACCCGCUCUGGACCCCAUCAUCGUCUCCCAACCUGAAACCACUAACCAAAAACAAGCCUCCAUGGAGGAACAAUAUGACGUGAACAGUCUUUACCCGGAGCAGUUCGAGAGCGUGAUGGACUUCAUCCAAGCCACUAUCGGCCGACUGCGCAGAUCCUCCGACAUCGACUCGCGAACCAAGCGGGACAGGGGCCGCCAGAGAGGAGCAACAAACACCGAGAGGAGCGGCCGGGGACGAGGAGACCGGAAGAGGGGUCGCGGACGAGGCGGCGGAGGCCGAGACGACAGGGUCAAAGGUCAAGGGCGUGGGUGUCUGCUGAAAGAGAUCCACCUCAACGUCACAGACCUGGGCUUGGGUUACAGGACCAAAGAGGAGCUGAUCUUCCGCUACUGCAGCGGCCCGUGUUUCGACGCCGAGACCAACUACGACAAGAUCCUCAACAACCUCACCCACAACAAGAAGCUGGACAAGGAAACGCCGUCUCGGACUUGCUGUCGGCCCGUCGCGUUCGACGACGACGUCUCGUUUUUGGACGACAGCUUGGAAUACCAUACUCUGAAGAAGCAUUCGGCUAGAAAGUGCGCUUGCGUUUGACGGACGAAACCAGAGCGAAAUGCUUCAGACUGGGCCGCAGGACUCUCGGAAAGAGAUACAUUCAGUAUUCACUUUGUUACCAAACCACAUAACAGACAGCGUUUAUCCAGCAACAAACACAGUGGAAUAAGCAGUGGAUUAUCACGUUUACACAGAGACAGAC